CCCCGCUGUUGAGACCUGUGCCAGUACCAGCUGCUCUCAGAUCACCACGCGCGAGUCCAGAACAUUUGUCAGUAUCUGGCCAAGACAACGCGUACGAUGACGAUGCUCCUCGUGGUGGUGGAGUGGCUUCAUUGAGGGAACGUUUCACGUAAGUGUUCCAGCCAUGUCAUCGCCCGCGAACCCCAUAAAUGUUUUCCUGUGCUACCUUUCUUAGAACCGCAGCGACUUCUCCUCAUCGAGCUUCAAUAAAACCGGCUCCACGACUUUCCCUUUUGCUGACUCAAAGUGAACCAAACGUCCUCGAUUCCGCUCCUCCACUCCUGCAUCGACCUGUUUUAUUGUCUCCUCAGUCAGUGUUAAGCCCGGAAGACACUCCGUCUGACGAAUAUUUUGACGCGCCCGAAUCACCUCGCAUGACUGGUGUCGCUUCUCUCAGAAAUCGUUUCUCAUUAAUUCACCCUACACCCCAGUCCACACCUAAACCCCUUCCGCGUAAUGACAAUCUCACAUCCCAUUCAGAACCCAACAUUCUUGCACCCAGUCCACCGAUGACUGGGACCCUUCGCCGUCCUCCUCCUCCACCCCCGCCUCAUCGCUCUGUUCUCUUUGACACUGGCGAUGAUUUACCUGAUAAUGCCAGCUCCAACUGCUCAUCAAGACAUAGCCCCUUCUCCGAUGACGAAUGUGAGAGUUCUGAGAUAUCACUGCCACCGGCAAUUACCCUUCGUGGACGCCACUCCCGUGGACACUCAGACAGCAUCAGCAGUUCAAGUGACAGCGUAGCAAGCAUCUCGCCCCCGCGCAAACUUCCUUCACGGCCAAGUCUAACAGUCCCCCCUCCUCCCCUUCCACGACGGGCUGGAAACGAAAACAGCCGCAACUCCUCAGCCAGCUCAACUCCUACCCCCAGCAGUCCCCCUCCCCUUCCCUCACGCCGCCCAUCUCCGGAAGAUAUCCCAGACGUUAUAUUACCCCCUCCUUCCCUCCCUGCACGCCAUAGCAUGAUCAUAGGCACACCCUCACCGACGGACUUCAUCUCCGACCGCAGAUCCCUCGGAAGCAGCAAACCCCUCGGAAGCAGUAAACUCCCACCUCCACCAACACGUACGAUCGCACCAGGCGACAAACUCCCUCCUGCACGACGCACACACACGCCUUCAUCAGACGAAGAAUCUGGUGGAGAAGAGGGAGGCGAUGACCUUCGCAUGCUUCUUCCAGACGCGAGUCGUGCAUCCCGUCGUCCACCCACCCUACGUACUCCAAAGAUGCACGUUCCUGCAUACGCCGCCCAAGUGGUAGUAGCCGGUACGCGCGUGCUCGUCGCUUCUCAUCACCACUUGCGCUGCUUCGAUCUCGCUCGGUACGCUGAUGUGCCCGUAUGGGUGGGAGACACGAAGGAAAUGGGAGUGCGCGAUGCGAAAGUGACUGCGCUUGAGUUUCGGGCUGGUAGUGCAGGUGGUGUGGUAUGGGCUGGGACGAAGGAAGGGCAUUUGAUCGAACUGGAUAUGGAUUCAGGCAAAGUGACAGGGUCGAAGUUCGGUGUCCAUGCGGGUGUCGUGACGCAUAUAUUCCGACACCGCAAUGCGAUGGUCAGCGUGGACGAAAGUGGUAAAGUGCUCGUAUUCGAACCCACAGCUACAUCCGGCUCCGAAGUCCCAAGUCUCACAUAUACCGCCCCACGGGUGUACCGCAUCGCAGAAAAACAAGAAUUCGUAAAGUUGCUUGGGGGUCUUCUCUGGACGAGCGUACGCGGCGACGUCAAUGGCUCUGGACCCACUACAGUACCCAUAGUCAGGAUCUACGAUGUCUUUACCCCAGGCAGCAUCGCACGUACCGUGAGCGUCCUCCCGAACACCACCCAUCAUGUCGGCGCAGUAACAAGCGGCACGCUCCUUCAAUCCCAUCCAGGGUUCGCUUAUCUCGGGCACGAGGGUGGAUUUAUCAGUAUCUGGAGUUUACCUGCAGGACCCGAGUGCACGGACGUAGUCAAAGUGAGCUCGUCGGACGUGCUGAGUCUCGAAGGUGUCGGGAUGCGUUUGUGGUCUGGUGGACGCACGGGCGUUAUAUGCGCCUAUGACGUGUCGUCCCGCCCUUGGGUUGUGACGAACGCAUGGAAUGCGCACUCUGGAUUACCAGUUACACGCAUAUUCGUGGAUCCGUGGUCGAUUGAGAAAGAGGAGAAGCUGAGUGUGGUGAGUGUUGGUAGGGAUGAGCAGAUGAGGUUUUGGGAUGGAUUGUUGGGGAUUGAUUGGAUCGGUAACGAGCUCUUGAAGCGCGAGCGCGAAUUUAGCUCUUUCCGCACCAUCAACGUCCUCGUUGUUUCCUGGAAUGUAGACGCCGCCAAACCCGAAGCACUCACCGACGAUGCGGCAAACCUUACCUUCCUAAAUGACGCUCUCACAUCCGUCUCACCCGCACCUGACAUCAUCUCCUUUGGAUUUCAAGAGCUCAUCGACCUCGAAAGCCGGAAGAUGGCUGCAAAGACUGUAUUACUAGGUGGAAAGAAAAAGGGUGAGGAGGGCAAGAUAUCAGAGAAAGUCCGCGCACUUGCGGAGGGCUAUACGGUGAUACAUACCGAGAGUCUUGUCGGGCUUUUUACAUGCAUGUUCGUGAAGAACUCGGAGAAGGCUGCGCUCAAGAAUGUAGCGAUAACGACGAUCAAGCGGGGGAUGGGUGGGAGGUACGGUAAUAAGGGAGGCAUUGUCGCACGAUUCGUGAUUGGAGAUUCUUCGAUUUGUUUCAUCAAUUGCCAUCUUGCUGCUGGGCAGCAUCACGUACGACAGCGCAAUGCAGAUGUGACUGCGAUGUUGGAGGAAAAGUCUGUGUUUCCAUCGUCGGAUGCUAUCGAGGAGUCUCUUGCGUACGUCGGUGGGGGAGAUGGGUCCAUGGUUCUAGAUCACGAGAUCGUCUUCCUCAACGGCGACCUAAACUAUCGUAUCGACCAACGCCGUGACGCCGUGAUCUCUUCCAUCCAAUCCGGCGACCUCGAAGCCCUGCACACGCACGACCAACUCCUCAAAGAAAUGAAGCACAACCGCGGGUUCCGCCUCCGCUCCUUCCGCGAAGGACCUCUCACCUUUUCCCCCACCUACAAAUAUGACCGCCGUUCCAACGAAUUUGACACGAGCGAGAAAAAACGGGUGCCGGCUUGGUGCGACCGCGUGCUUUGGCGUUCAAGAGACCCCGAACGUGUGAAGCAGCUGCAUUAUAGACGAUACGAGGCGAAUGUGAGCGAUCAUCGACCUGUGAGCGCUGCGUUUGCUAUGACUGUUAAGAGCGUGAGGUUGGAUGCGUGGGCGAAGGAGAAGGGGGUUGUGCAGGAGCUUUGGUUGGAAACGCUGGCUGAGCAGUUGGAUGAUGCGAAGAAGUUCUAUGUCGAGCAGGCUUUGAUAUAGGAUGGGGUGGGUUGGAACGUUGGGUUUGUGUUAUGACCAUUUGGUUUUUGUAUGACUUCACACAUGGACUUGAGCUAUCGUACAUGCCAUCAUUUCGAGAUGUAAUUUGUAAUGGUAUUGUUAGGGAGGAGUCGUAUACUUAAUUAGAGUUUAUCUCUAGCAUAUGCACCCCUUAUGAAGACCAGUUGAUCGUAAACCACAGA